GAGAGAGAGAGAGAGAGAGAGAGAGAGAGAGAGAGAGAGUGAGAGAGGCAGAUACGGAGGUCCACAGACAGCAGAGGCGUGCAGCAUGCAGACUGGUCAUUGACGCUGCUGCUGGAUUGAACACACAUGCACACACACACACCCCUGAGGAGUGUAUGAGACAUGCCCAGGCUGCUGUCCAUGGACACACACACACUGGCAGGGCACCAGAGAGGAAAUACAGCAGACCCCAGAGCCUGAGGAGCUAUGGAGAGCAGCAUGUUCUUUGGUAACACAUGUCAAAAUGGCCUCAUGCCUGCCCUGGUGCGCCCCACCCUGCCUGCCAUCCAGACCUCACUGGGCAUGAAGCAGUUUCUCCCGUUUCCAUUGGAUACAGCCUCAGCGGUUCGCCUCUUCCCAGGAUUCAACACGAUGGACCCGGUUCAGAAAGCCGUCCUCCAUCACACCCUCGGCCUCCCUCCCACAGCAAAGAGAAGGCACGUCUCCUGCAGCGUUUGCCAGCUGAGGUUCAACUCACAGAGCCAGGCCUUGGCCCACUACAAGGGUACCAAACAUGCCAAGAAGCUAAAAGCCCUGGACACUCCAAAGAGUAAGCUCAAAGGCUCAGUGGUCACCAAGGAAACCGCCAACCAGGAGAUCGCCAAGGGCAUCAACACCUCACAGGUCCCCAACGGCACCGACAGGAAAGAUGUUGUUCCUGGAGCAGCACCCCUACCGCUGUCCCCUGUGCUCCGACUGGCACAACCGUUGGCAUCCUUGAUGACCCUUACGCUGCCAACACUGGCACCUGUGGCCUCACCGAUAGUCCCGAGCACCACGGCAGCCACAGCCCCAGAGACUACCUCAGCUGCUGGAGGGGACGAGAGGCCGUCAGAGCUCGUCUCACCCUCAGAAACCCCAGACCCGGAGCCUGAGGCCGAACCUGAGGCGGAAACAGACGCGGAAACAGAGGAGGAGAAAGCUCGACGUCUUCUGUACUGCUCGCUGUGCAAAGUGGCGGUCAACUCGGCAUCACAGCUGGAGGCUCACAACAGCGGCACGAAGCACAAGACGAUGCUUGAGGCCAGGACUGGCGUGGGCUCCAUCAAGUCUUUCCCCCGACCGGGAGUCAAAAGCAAACUGGCUACAACCACCAAAUCAUCAACGGGCCUGCAGAACAAAACGUUUUACUGUGAGACGUGUGACGUGCAUGUCAACUCAGAGACGCAGCUAAAACAGCACAUCAGCAGCCGGCGCCAUAAAGACCGAGCAGCAGGUAAACCAGCCAAACCUAAAUACAGCCCCUACAGCAAACCGCAGAAAGGCCAGACCAAGCAGCCGAUAAAGUUGUCCCUGGUUAAAGACCGUCAGUGUCAGCCUCUGACUGCGCAGAUCCUACCCGCUCAUCUGGCGGCGGUGGCAGCAGCCGCGGCCGCCGCCAUCAACAACAGUUUUACACACCGCACGAACCACGCCACUAACCACGCCCCGACCCCUACCCUCUUCCAGACACAGACCCUCCCCGCUGCACUGCUCCGCCCGGCCCCUGGGCCUGUCAGGACCUCCCACCCACAAGUCCUAUUUGCCCCUUAUUGACCUGUUUGACCUGGGCGGUCCUGCACCGCCUCCUGUCAAGGACCAAACCAUGUGCUUCACCCAGAACAGGCCAAGGAGUCGUGUCAGCAUCUGUACUCCUUUUUAUGCAUCCGGGAUACUGAACAUAUUCAUAUUGUGAUCAGACCUUUGACACGUCUCACAGCUCCUCAUAUGGAUUAUCCCACAUUUUAAAGCUAAACCGGACUGCAGCGAAGUAUUGGGCGCGUUCUCUCAAUGGAUUUAUUUCUCUAUUCCCACUGUAAACCUGGGCUACAGUAAAACAAGCUUUCUGUACCAUGCUGUAGCCCAUGACUCAUACCCGGACCCCAGACUUGGACCUACAUUUUACCGCAAUAAUGUAUAAGACUAACCCCGUGAACUAUGCAGUGUCAUUAUUUUGUGAUGCAAGGCAAAGUUUGAGCUAAAAAUACGGUAGGGAUAUGCUUUUUGUAAAGAUACAGCGUGGCACUAAGAUCAUUGCUUUAGUGGAGGAUUACUGUUGCUCAUAAUUUAAAAAGGCUGUUACUGAUCAUUAGAGUGAGCAAAGGCCCUGUUCCUGUAUGCACUUUAAGCCCGUCCUCUGUUGAUGUCUACAUUAGAUGGCUAGACUGUGUUAGAUUGUUACAGUAUGUGUCGUAAUGUGUGUUUUUUGUAUUUGUCCUUGCAUAUCUGUAUGUGUGUGCAAGUGUGUACUUCUGCAUGGGGGCGUGUGCUUGUCCAUGUAUGUACAGGGUGUGUGUAUUUCGAUGUGUGUGUAUGUGUGUGUGUGCGUGUAAGAGAGAGGGAGAGAGAGAGCUUCCCAUCCACCAUAAGCCAUCCUACUCGAUAUCCAGCACACAUUGUCACUGACCAUGUCUCGGGCCAGAGGGACCACAAAGGCUUGUGUAUAUUAACUGUCAGUGUGUAAAAGGUGAACAAUUUCAAAUAAAAAGAGUCCUACUUUGUUAA